ACAAGAAAAAUUGCAAUAACUGCAAUAAUUACACAUCACACUGUUAGCCUUACACCUUCGAUUAAUGCUGGGUUAUUUUCCUGAAUAACGUGUAACAUAAAAAGUAGGCUAAUUAAAAAUAAAUUCACAUUCGUAUAUUAAUUGGUUUAACAAAUCUUUAACUGGAUAGCUAUUACAAAUCAUUCGGAUUUCGGAUUUCUUUGCGGACAAAUAUAACUUAAACUCCAGCGUGUCAUUUUAUCCGCAAAGCAAUUGAAAAAAUCUGGUAUAAGUGGAUGAAGAUUAAUACAUCACACAUAUUUGAUUAACAAAAACAUCUUAGCUGUCAACGACCAUCAACAAUGAAUAUACCCAAUCAAUAUAUAGAAAAGACUGAAGAAGUUGCAGAUCAGGUAAUUAGAAAAGGCAAACAUGUCCUCCCACAUGUCGCCCGGUUAUGCCUGAUAGCAACAUUCCUUGAGGAUGGUAUCCGGAUGUGGGUGCAAUGGAACGAGCAGCGCGAAUACAUGGAUAUGAACUGGGGAUGUGGAAAAUUUUUGGCCACAACUUUUGUUCUUAUUAAUCUAUUAGGACAGUUAGGAGGAUGCGUUAUGGUUCUAGGACAACUGAAGGUCAGCAUUGCCUGCUGGAUUCUGUUUGCCAUUGUCAUCCUACAAACAAUCGCUUAUUCUGUUCUAUGGGAUAUACAGUUCCUGUUGCGUAAUCUCGCCUUAAUUGGUGCACUCUUACUCGUUCUAGCGGAGUCACGAGGUGAAGCUCGGUCACUUUUCGCAGGUAUUCCAUCGCUCGGGGAAAACAAACCUAAGAGUUUCAUGCAGUUAGCGGGGCGAAUUCUUCUUGCAUUCAUGUUUAUCACUUUGAUCCGCUUCGAACUCAGUUUCAUGCAAAUACUGCAAGAUAUUGUAGGAUCCAUAUUGAUGGUGUUAGUAACAAUUGGAUACAAAACAAAGCUCUCAUCUCUUAUUUUAGUUGCCCUGCUUACUAUUCUUAACUUAUACCACAAUGCUUGGUGGACUAUACCAUCAUACAAACCUCUUCGCGAUUUUCUUAAAUAUGACUUCUUUCAGACGCUCUCUGUUAUUGGUGGCUUAUUAAUGAUUGUAUCACUAGGGCCAGGCGGUGUUUCUAUGGAUGAGCACAAGAAAAAAUGGUGAACAUGCUUAAUACAAAAUCAAAACAGUCGUUAAAAUUUAAUUAAAAAUCAAUUACAUUCAUUUUUUGCAAACAGGCAGAUUGAGACAAAACCAAGUUUUAUAUUGCACAACAAGUUUUUCUGGUAUGAAUAGGAACGAGUAAAUGGAAAAAAUCUUUCUAGCUAUGUUAAUCAUUCCAAUAAUACGAUGUAUGUUCUAUGAAAACAGCAAUAGCAAUUACAAAUAAAUAUAUACCGUGACAAACCAGCAAAAAAGAACAAA